AUGUUUGUAAAUACCCUUGUCAAAGGAAAAAUCCCAGUAAAAGCAUCAAUCGAUAAAACAUCUAAAUCCAAUACCAUUAGCAAGAGCUUGUUCGAUAAGCUUGAAGAAGAUUAUGGGUUGGAAUGUUUAUCUGAUGAUGAAUUAAUCGGUGAAGAAAUAAAAGGCUUAGAUUUACAGUUUCACUAUAAAGGAAAGUGGCGAAGCUUAGAUUGUACUGAAGUAAUAGACUUUCAAAUUCGUAAAAAUCUAUCAUUUGAUCUGGUAUUAGGACUGGAUUGGUUAUGGAUGCAUAAAGCAAAAAUAGGUUUCAGAUUUUCUUCUGAAAUUAAUGAUUUUUAUGCUAAAAUUGUAAUAGAUGAAUCAGCGCUCAAUCUAGCUCUAGAGGAAACUACGGAUAUGUUUAAGAAAUUGUCUCUCAGAAGCAAAGAUGAUAAGCAACGAAAGAGGCGUCAUGAAAUAUUUC